GAACUGAAACUUAGUUCUCCUUGGUAAUGAUGGUGAAGAGGCACUGAAAGGCUAUCCAUUGACAAAGCUGAGUUGUCUGUAGAAGAGAUGAAAAUGUAUCUGUUCUUGAUUCUUGGUGUGACCAAUGCACUCUUUACAGCAAGUGGUAAUUCUCUGGAGGAUGAAGGUUUGAUUGAAGUUGAGAAAAGUUUAAACGAAAGCCUGCAUAACAAUGAUGCCAAGUCACGAGUCAAGCGAAUCCUAGGAAUGCCUGAAACAGAAAUUAUCAAAAACGAUGGCACCAAACUGUUUGUUAGUUUUCAGAACAAUCCAUACAAAAGAGUUCCAAAGGACGUCAAAAAACUUCUCCACAGCGAAUGGUUGAGCAAGUUUGUGCCAGGGGUGUACACGGCUGUGUUCUGUUUGUCCCUCCCUUUGAAUAUUGCAGUCCUUUUGAUAUUCCUGAUUAAAAUCAAAAUUAAAAAGCCGGCAGUGGUGUACAUGCUAAAUCUGACAAUUGCUGAUUUGCUAUUUGUUUGUAUGAUGCCUUUUAACAUAAUGUAUCGAUUUUCCGGUAAUAACUGGCGGGCUGGAGAUGUGAUGUGCCAUAUCGUCAUUGCAGGAUUUUAUUUCAACAUGUAUUGCUCUAUCCUGCUUAUUACAAGUAUGAGCGUGGAUAAGUUCUUAGCUGUCAUUUACCCAAUACAGUCCCUUGCCUGGCGUACUUUGACUAGGGCAUGGAUAGUAUGUGUCUUUAUCUGGAUGGUAUCCAUAGCCAGCACUAUGCCACUUCUUAUAACUCAGCAGAUCUUCUACAUUAAUAACUUGGAAAUCUCCACUUGCCAUGAUGUGCAAGAUCACAAGAUAGUGGGCAACUUCUAUCUGUACUAUUUCAGCUCUUUUACGGCACUUUUCUUUUUCUUACCUCUUAUCGUCACAGUUUUUUGUUAUGCUGCAACCAUCAAGAGAUUAAGUUCUUCAGAAAUGGGUAACACAGAUAGGAAAAAACAAGCUGUUGUUUUAGCCAUGAUUGUGCUUAGUAUUUUUGUCAUCUGUUUUGGGCCGGCAAAUCUCAUUUUUUUUGUUCAUAAUAUCCUUGUUGGUAGUACAUCUACUUCUAACCUGUAUUUGGCUUACUUAGUAUGUACCGCCAUUAGCAGCAUCAGUACCACGCUUAAUCCUCUCUUGUAUUUCGUUGCGUCACCAAAGUUGCAGAGUAUUCUGCUUUGCAAAAAAGAUACUGAAGAACAGCAACCAAGUGCAAAGGCAUAAAAAGGGACAUCAUUUUGUUUUGCUGUUGUAGGCUAGUCAUCCAUUGGUCUUUGAGGGCUGCUGAUCUUUGAGUCUUUCCAAAGGAAUUCUCGAAUUUGCCACCCUGUUGCAGUCAAAGCUAAUCAAAGCAUUCUUAACCACUUAAGCCCCGGACCACUUGGCUGGCCAAAGACCAGGCCACUUUUUGCGAUUCGGCACUGC